AUGGAUGAUAGAUUAUUUAUGAUAUGGGAUAUUGGUUUGGAUUUAGAGCGAAUACAUAAAGCCGUUCCUAUACACACUGGAGUAGCAUAUAUUGCAGUUUUUGGUCUUUCAAUGGCAUCCAGUCGCAUCAAUCGUAGUACAUCGGAUAUUUAUGGUGUAAUAAUACCUUACAAUGCUCCGGAAGUACUUCGUGGAGGCGUUAUUCUUCAAAAUCAGACGAUUACGCCCACAAAUACAUUAUCUUUAUACCUUCAAUUAAUGCAAAAUUUCUGGGAUAAUGAUCCUCUAAAAAGACCAACAACAAAAGAAAUAAAGGAUCAACCGAGUAAACGUAAAAUGCAACAGAUGACUGAUGCAGAUGAAAGACAAAAUUUUUCUCAUACCUUAUUUGAUGAUGAAAAAACGAGUCCCAAGGCUAUUUAUACAAGCAGAGCAUUGCGAUUGGUAACAAUUAAGGAAUCAAAUAUAUCUUCCAAAGAAAACAUGCUGGUAAUAGCGUCAUAUGACGACCCCGGGUUCCAUGACACAGGGAAAAAAGAAAAAGAAAACAUAUCUGUAUAA